GUCCAAGGUGGAACUUACAUUAUCCAGCAAGGAACUUCCACUCCUGUUACACACAUUGGACAAAGUCAAGUCCAACAAAUACAACUCACGCCUUCGAAUGGUGUAACACAUCAGCAAGUUGUUCAUACUGUUCAUCAAGUCCCUGUACAGACAGUGCAAACAAUUCCAGGACAACAAGGUGGCCAUGUGACUGUCGCCCAACAACAGAUGCCAUCGUCGUCUGGUCAUCUCGUUGUUCAGCACCAAGCUCCUACCACUUCCGGUGGUCAACAACUUGUGCAUCAGCAGGCUACACAGCAGCAAAUCACUUAUGCUACCGGUGGAAUGAUGGUGAAUGGUCAGCAUGUUCAGCAACAGAUAAUCAACCCAUAUGGUGCUCCGCCAUCUCGGGCCUAA